GUAUUAUCGUAAGGAGCUGUAUACUUGGAAAAAGGAGGAGGGAAAAAGAGAGGGAGAGGAGAUCUAAGAGAGAGAGAGAGGGAAGAAUAGGGUGAGCUUGAGUUGGGUAAAAAUUGUGGGAAAAAGGGAGAUGGUUUGUUAAAGAAUGGUGUACAGUCUAAGCAGAGGGAGCUGAAGACAGGAGGAUAAAUGGAAGUGAAUGAGGGCGACAUAUCGGAGGUGGUAGAUGUGGUGAAGUUAUCGAAGACCGAGCAUGGAGCAUACCAUGGGCUUGGUGCCACAGACACUUGUUGACAAUGGACAAAGAGGAAUAACUUGCAACCAACGACCAACAGACAAAUGCUGGAUGACUGACGGUGAUGGCGAAGGCCGAGGACCUCCAGCAUGGCGAGGACCUCCAGCAUGGCGAGGACCUCCAGCAGCGUAGAGAGUAUUUUGGGACUGCAGAGUUUAGGACAACCAAUGAUAAGAAGGACCCAUCCCUUUAUAAGCACGGUCUUGAUGAAGAGUCAUUCUGCCAAACCUAGUACACAGUGUAAAAAAAACAAAAACAAAAAAAUAAACAUGCAUGUCAAAGUAGUGAUCUUCGCCUUGUCGUUUUUGACAACCACAGCAUACCCACUCCACCGUACCAGCAGAGAAGCAUCACAGGCCCUACAGGACAUAAUGAGCAAUCAGGCUCAUGAGAAGACAGACCUCAACAAGGAUGUCAAUGGGAUGUGGAAGAGCCAUGUGGAGAGCAGCAACCUGUACACCCAGGACAGCCCCAACCCCAUGGUGAGCGAGAUCAGGCACAAGCUUACCCUGGAGUCCGAGAGGCUGCGCGCCCGCCUUCGCCAGGAGCUCGCUAAGUUGAGGGAGAGGCUCGCCGUGUACCCUGCCCACCACCAGUCCAGCGAGUCCACCCUGGCCAGCGUGAGAGAUCGCCUGGCCCCACUGAUCAAGCAGCUUCAGAGCGCCGUGAACAGCAACAGCCAGGAGCUGUGUAGCCACCUCAGGCUCUACUAUCAGGGAUUGGAGGCCGCGGAAAGCCAGGCAGCGGCCGGACCCACCCUAUACCUGGAGGCCGUGCAGUGGAUCAGCCAGACCUUGGAUGACAGCAGUGCCAAAAUGACCUCCGUCAUCCAGGACUUCAAAACCAAGACAUCCAGCAUGAUCAGGGAGCUCAAUGGUACCUUCCAGGGGGACUUCUGGCAGGAGGUGAACGUACGGCUGGGGCAGGAGGUGCAGGCGUUGAGUCUGGAGGUCCAGGGCAGGGUGGGGGUGCUGAAAGCAAAGCUGGUCCGUCUCCUGCUGGCUCCACACCCCGUCAGGGCAGAGGUGUUCACCAGCAUGGAGCAGUUCUGCCAGAGUACCACCUUACAGGACCAGUUGUUCCAUGCCAGAAUAGAGAAGCACCUUCUGGGGCAGGAGUCACAGGUUCAGAGCCCCAGCGAGCAGCCCUCUCCACCUCUGGGCUUAUUGGAGGAGGGCUUCUCUGCGAAACUAAGCGCUCUCCUCCAGGACAUUCUGCACACUGUCCAGUAAAAGCAGAACAGAACUUUCCUCAUAGCAAAAUGAGAGAGAAAGAACACGGUGUCCCAUUUUUGGGUACAUUUAAACUAUAUCGUUGUUUCUGCUCCUUGUGCUAAUAUAUAUAUAAAUAUAUAUAUAUAUAUAUCAACUCCUCUACCAUUGUAUAUACAGUACAGUAAGUAAUCCAUGUAUAUUUAUGUUUUUGUUGUUGUUUAUUUCAUGUGGAUGAUUGUUGUAAGGCAUUUUAUUUUGUCAAAUGUAAAUAAAGCUUGUGUGAAGUUUACAGUGUAAACGGCUAGUU